AGAGCAGCGGUCGCGCCGGCAAGAGCAGCGGGAGCGGCGCCGGGAAGGGGGCGGUGUCUGCAGAGCAGAGAGAACACUGGAUAAAAAUACAAGAUUUAUCACUGCUGCAAAUUUGAGCCACAUAUGUCCCUUAUAAAUAAGAUGGAAGUAAUCGCUGGCUUCAACCGCCUUCGGCAGGAACAACGGGGCCUGGCAUCCAAAGCAGCUGAGCUGGAGAUGGAGUUGAAUGAGCACAGCCUAGUGAUCGAUACGCUGAAGGAGGUAGAUGAAACCCGCAAGUGCUACCGCAUGGUUGGAGGAGUGCUGGUGGAGCGGACUGUCAAAGAGGUGCUGCCUGCCUUGGAGAACAACAAGGAGCAGAUACAGAAGAUCAUUGAGACACUGACACAGCAGCUUCAGGCAAAGGGAAAAGAACUAAAUGAAUUCCGGGAAAAGCACAACAUUCGUCUCAUGGGGGAAGACGAGAAGCCAGCAGCCAAGGAAAACUCAGAAGGGGCUGGGGCUAAGGCCGGCUCAGCUGGAGUGUUGGUCUCCUAGGGACCAAGGCCUUUGCAUUUUUUUUACCCCGACUCCCAUUUCUUCUAAUUUCUCUUUAUUGUUAUUAUUAUUUUCUCUGCUAUUGUAAUAUUUUUUUGUUAAUUAAAUGUUUUGGUCAGAAUGCUUA